AUGGGAGGUCAUCUAGUAUUGCUGAUGGUGAUAGGUCUUACAACAUGUGUAGUAUCAGACAAGAUAGACGAUAUGGUGCCCAAGAUACUGCACAGGUUAGCAGAGGUACGAGAGAUCCUUGCACCUCUACCCAAGGAGGUUUUAGACGAGGCAAUGUACCACACCGCUACGUACUACAUUCCAAUAGACUCAGAGCUGGAUGUUUGCCGCAAUCACAGCUCUCUUUUGUUCGAUGCCUUUCUAAACUACGAAAUUUGGGCACUGAAAAUGGUGGACGCUUCCUCCAAGGGCGGUUCCGGACUCCUGGACGGUAACAUUAUGGACCUGGGUAACCAUGGACAGUGCCUCAGCGCCAGGCAUCCACAAGGACUGUUUGGUGGACAACUAUGUGCGGUGGAGACAAGAGGAAUACUACCACUGGAUAUGGACUCCUUGAACCCAAAGCGUCCUAUUCUACCCACACUGAGGAUAGAUCUGAUGUUCUCCGUGUGUGUUCCUGACUCGUGUAGUUCCCGAGAUGUUAAGACUCACAUGGACCUUGCGCUCAACUCUGUCAACGCUUCUGCUAUUAUUUACAACUCCAGCUGCUCAUCGGUUAAGCCUCUACCAUGGACCAGGGGAGACCGCGUCGCUAUGUUGGUUGUGAUAGUUAUACUUCUACUAGUCACCGCUGGUACGUGGUUUGACAACAGCUCUGAUAAUACAGAUGUAUGUUGGUCUGAGCUUUUGAGGAGUUUUUCUGUAUCUCGCAACUGUCGUAGUCUCCUAGACACUUCUCACACCUGCAACACACCAAGAUGUCUCUCAGGUCUACGGGUGAUUGCCAUGGCUUGGAUGAUGCUUGGAUAUCGCAUGAUACACCUACUUGCCUGUCCUAACUUUCGGUUUAAAUAUUUGGCUGAGAACAUAGACAACAUAGCCUGGGCCCCUGUAGAGAACGCUCAGUUAUCUGUCGAGAUAUUCUUUCUAAUCACAGGGGUGAAAGUGACAUACAAUUACUUCCGCCAUUGUCAAGCCGGCAGAGGCUUCUCUAACAAACAGUUUCUGCUACAUCAUUACCUAAGGUUGACUCCUCCCCUCGCAUUGGUCGUUCUACUCUACGCGACUGUUCUAGUUAGAGUAACAGAAGGUCCUGUCUGGAGGCGUCUCUUUGUCUUCCAGCAGGAGUUUUGCCAGAAACAUUGGUGGGCCAACUUAUUAUACAUCAGCAACUACAUCACUCCGUAUGAAAUGUGCAUUCCUCAAACAUGGUAUUUGGCAGUAGAGUUUCAAAUGUACAUAUUUUCUCCGCUGCUUUUGAUUCCACUGUAUAGAAACUCUCGCUGGGGAUUUUUUUUCUUAGGAGUCACAUUCUUCGCUUCAACCUUGGGAGGAAUAAUCAAUGCUUACUUACUCGAAAUACAGGCUGGAGGAUUGAUCCGAAUGGAUAGGACCAGAGAAGGAACCAAUAUACUGGACUAUUUUUAUACCCAGUACAGAUUAGCAUCCUUCCUUAUUGGAAUAUACCUUGGUUAUCUGGUGUUCAAAAUUAACAAGGGACAGAUAAUAUUGAAAAUAACAAAGGUUCAAAAGUGGGCUGGAUGGAUCGUAUCCUCACUGUUGAUACUCACUUCAGUGUUGUCCGUGUCUAUUUUCCAAGACCCUGAGUAUGUCUACACACCUUGGCUAGACUCUACAUACGGCAUCCUUCACAGACCUGCACUGUCUCUUGGUGUUGGAUGGAUUAUACUGGCCUGCUCUACUGGAAACGGAGGUUAG